AGACAUUUUUUAUUUAGUUGUAUGUAAAUGUUAUCAAUUAUAUUUCAUUAUAUCAACUAUUACAUUUCAGAUUUCUAGCAGCUGGUGAUUCCAUGUCUUCAAUGACGUAUCAAUAUUUGAUAGGCUUGACAACUGUAAGCAACAUUAUUGCUACAACGUGCAGAAUUAUUCGGGACAAUCUGUGUCCUGUGGUCCUUCCACCUCGAUUACUUGAAAAUGACUGGCGGAGAAUCGCAGAAGAUUUUGAAGAUUUGUGGGACUUUCCACAUUGCAUUGGGGCAAUUGACGGAAAGCAUGUAAUCAUUCAAUGUCCGGACAAUGCAGGCUCCAAUUUCUACAACUACAAAAAUAGUCAUAGCAUUGUACUAUUAGCUAUUUGUGAUGCCAAUUACAUUUUUCGAUUCGUUGAUAUUGGUGCGUAUGGCAGGCGAAGUGAUGGAGGCAUCUUUCGUGAAAGUCAAUUAG